UUUGGGUUCCAAGUCCAAAAUGGCAACUGUCAAGGAUCAGCUGAUUCUUAAUGUUCUAAAAGAAGAACAGACCCCCCAGAAUAAGAUUACAGUUGUUGGGGUUGGUGCUGUUGGCAUGGCCUGUGCCAUCAGUAUCUUAAUGAAGGACUUGGCAGAUGAGCUUGCUCUUGUUGAUGUCAUUGAAGACAAAUUGAAGGGAGAGAUGAUGGAUCUCCAACAUGGCAGCCUUUUCCUUAGAACACCAAAAAUUGUCUCUAGCAAAGACUAUAAUGUGACUGCAAACUCCAAGCUGGUUAUUAUCACAGCGGGGGCCCGCCAGCAGGAAGGAGAAAGCCGUCUUAAUUUGGUCCAGCGAAACGUUAACAUCUUUAAGUUCAUCAUUCCCAAUGUUGUAAAAUACAGCCCAAACUGCAAGUUGCUUGUUGUCUCAAAUCCAGUGGAUAUCUUGACCUAUGUGGCUUGGAAGAUAAGUGGCUUUCCCAAAAACCGUGUCAUUGGAAGUGGUUGUAAUCUAGAUUCAGCCCGCUUCCGUUACCUGAUGGGGGAGAGGCUGGGAGUUCACCCAUUAAGCUGUCACGGAUGGGUCCUUGGGGAGCAUGGAGACUCUAGUGUGCCUGUGUGGAGUGGAGUGAAUGUCGCUGGUGUCUCCCUGAAGAAUCUACACCCAGAUUUAGGCACUGAUACAGACAAGGAGCAGUGGAAAGAGGUUCACAAACAGGUGGUUGAGAGUGCUUAUGAAGUGAUCAAACUGAAAGGCUAUACCUCCUGGGCCAUUGGACUCUCUGUGGCAGAUUUGGCAGAAAGCAUGAUGAAGAACCUCAGGCGUGUGCAUCCAGUUUCCACCAUGAUCAAGGGUCUCUAUGGAAUAAAAGACGAUGUCUUCCUUAGUGUUCCUUGCAUCCUGGGACAGAAUGGAAUUUCAGACCUUGUGAAGGUGACUCUAACUCCUGAGGAAGAGGCCCGUUUGAAGAAGAGUGCAGAUACACUUUGGGGGAUCCAAAAAGAGCUGCAAUUUUAAAAUCUGCUACUGUCAUAGCACUUCACUGUCUAGGCUACAACAGGAUUUUAGUUGGAGGUUGUGCAUGUUGUCCUUUUUAUCUGAUCUGUGAUUAAAACAGUUAUAUUAAGAUGGCCCAGGAAAAACAUCAUUGUCCUAAAGUUAAAAAUGAGAAUGGUUUGUAAAACCCUACAGCUGUAUCCUGAUACUGGAUGAACCUUACCCUGUGUAGUCCUAAAUGGAUUAGUGUAAAACAAACAGUUCCGCCACUGCUGAGGCACCACUGCCAAUGCGGCACACGUUGCCCUUUGAACCAGAUGUGUGUUUACUGGUGUUAUAUGACUUCUGCUUCCUUCACCCAACAAUGCCUAGUCCAGCCUUUUCCCAAUCAGUCACAUCCAGGGAUCUAAUGUAUAAAUCCAACACUGCAUGUCCUGUGCAUAACUGUUCUAAAGGAUAUUUUGUGUACUGUAUUUAUCAGUAGUGUACAUUGCCAUAUAAUGUAAAAAGAAAGAUCUAUAUGUAAACAGUGCAACCAACUACCCAAAUGUCAUACCAACUAAACUACCCAAUAAACCUUGAACAGUGA